AUGGAAGAAAGAAAUAGUAAUAAACACGAAGAUUCAGAGAAAUACUCUAAAAGUGGGUGGGAGAAAAAGAAAUAUUUUUAUAGACAGAUGUUAAUCAGCAGUGGUGGUUGGACCUGCUAUUUCAUUAUGGGCAUGACGUUUGGAGCCUCGACAGUCUUCAUCCCUCAAAUAAGACAGGAGGCCAAUUCUGAUGAUGCAGUCAGUGAAUCGAUGGCAUCUUGGAUUCCUGCCAUCACGGUGUACUCUGGCUUACCCUGGGUCUUCAUCUUGCCAGUUACAAUGAAAUACAUUGGAAGAAAAUAUACCUACACUUUCGUUUUCAUCAGUAACCUGAUCAGCUUCGUGUUAUUCUACUUUAGUGCCUCCAUCUUACACAUCGUCAUCAGCUUAGUAAUCAAUGGUAUCAACACUGGAUCACACUUCACCGUGUCAGUAAUGAUCAUCACGGAAUACACAUCUCCUAAACACAGAGGAUUUUUCUUAACAAUAAAAUCUGCUACAAUAUUUUGGGGUAUCUUCAUGGCUAAUGCUAUUGGUACCUUUUUCCAUUGGAGAAACAUCGGUCUUGCUGGAAUUUUAAUCAGUAUCUAUGGCCUGUUAGUUGCAUACAUAUUACCGGAGUCUCCAUUUUGGCUGGCCACUAAACAACGAUUUGAAAAAUGUUCGUCAACUCAUAGAUGGCUGAGAGGAGAAGAGAAACAAUCUGAAGCAGAUUUAGAAAACCUGAUCUUAUUCCAUAAGAACUUAAGUGUGAAAGAGAAUUCAAAGAAUCUUGAACUUAAUGGCAUUGUCAACAAGUAUUAUAAUGUCAUGACGUCGAAGAAAUUUUAUAAACCGUUAGUUCUGUGUUUGUUAAUACAAUCGCUCUACGUGUUGUCUGAUAAGAGUUUACAAGAAAUUGCCGAGUGGAUGGAAGGAUCUAAAAGGCCUGAAUUGCAUGAAGAAGUCAAGUUUUUACCAGUUGAACAAGAUAGUAAAGAUCGGAAAGUUGAACCUUCUCUAGGCUAA